CAGCCAGAUUUCAUGGCUGUGAAGUAUCUCACGUUGCUAUCCUAGCUUGUAGGAGUUGUGGAUAUUGCUUUCCUAUUUUAUAGUAGUUGUGGUUAAUGCUAGAUAAAGUGUUGUGAUGUAAAGCCUAUUUAUAGGCUCUUUUGUUUAUCAAUAAUAUCAUUCAGCUUUUAUCAUUCAACAAGUCCCUUUCUGCCUUUUGUUUUUUCUUUGUAUCAGAGUCCUGUGGCAACACGUCCCUUUUGCUUUCUAUUUUUCUUAACUCUGUAUCAGUGGUAUCAAAGCCAGUGAGAAAAGCACGAGAGAAAGAGUCCUCAAAUAGUAUUGAUGGCUUCAGAUUCAAACUUUGUGCAGGCGGCAAUCCCACGCUUUGAUGGUCACUAUGACCAUUGGAGUAUGCUAAUGGAGAAUUUUCUUCGGUCCAAAGAGUAUUGGCCAAUUGUUGAAUCUGGUAUUCAAGUACCAGCACCAAAUACAACCUUGUCAGAUGCUCAGAAAACAGAGUUGGAAGGGAGAAAGCUCAAAGAUUUAAAGGCAAAAAAUUACCUUUUCUAGGCAAUUGAUCAUCCCAUCUUGGAAACAAUUCUUAGCAAAGAAACUUCCAAAGAUAUUUGGGAUUCAAUGAAGAAAAAAUAUGAAGGCUCUGCUAGAGUGAAGCGUGCACAGCUUCAAGCCUUGAGAAGAGAUUUUGAGACUCUACAAAUGAAGGAUGGAGAAUCUGUCACCAGCUACUGUGCCAGGACUAUGGAGAUUAGCAACAAAAUGCGUUUUCAUGGUGAGAAGAUGGAAGAUGUCACCAUUGUUGAAAAGAUAUUGCGUUCUCUGACACCAAAGUUUGAUUAUGUCGUGUGUUCCAUUGAAGAAUUGAAAGACAUAGAUGCAUUUUCCCUUGAUGAACUGCAGAGCUCCUUGUUGGUCCAUGAACAGAAGAUGAACCGAAGUUCAACUUCAGAGGAGCAAGCUUUAAAGGCUUCUAUCUCUACUCAUUUCUCAAACUCUAGAGGAAGGGGUAGAGGUAGAGGAAGGGGAGAACGAGGCAACAGAGAUGGCAGCAGGCAUUUCAAAGCCGAUGAUGGACAAUUUCAGAGCAAAGGCAGAGGAUGAGAUCAACAUUUUGACAAAUCCAAGGUAGAGUGCUUUAGAUGUCAUAAAUUUGGUCAUUAUCGUUUUGAAUGUUAUACUAGGCUGCCUAAAGACAAAGAAAAGGAACCGCAAUUGAAUUUUGCUGAAAAGAAGUGGAAACUUUGUUAAUGGCUGUUCAAGCUAAUCAAGAACCUGAAUCUGAUGUUUGGUAUGUGGAUACGGGCUGCAGUAACCACAUGUGUGGAAGUAAGUCUUCUUUUUCUUACUUAAAUGAAUGCUUUCUUUCUUCAGUACGUUUUGGUGAUUGUUCCACUGUGAAGGUGAUGGGAAAGGGUGAUAUAGAGAUAAGAACCAAGAAUGGUUUUGUAGAAACAAUUUCUAAUGUCUUUUAUGUUCCUGACUUGAAAAGCAAUUUGUUAAGUGCUGGUCAAUUGCAAGAAAAGGGUUAUAUUAUCACUAUUCAAAAGGGUGUUUGUGAGAUUUAUGAUCCUACUAGAGGAGCCACUGCUGUUGUGCAAAUGAGUUCAAACAGGUUGUUUCCAUUGAAGAUUACAAGUGUGCAAUCUUGUUUGGUAGCUGAAGUAAAAGAUUCUUCUUGGUUGUGGCAUUUUCGUUAUGGCCACUUAAGUUUUGGUGGAUUGAAGACCCUCCAACAGAAAAAUAUGGUGGCAGGUCUUC